AUGGCUCUAGUCACCUUGUGUAGGAACCUUUGCCAUCUGUGUGACUUUCGCCUCCAUGGGGCCCUAUCCGCUCUGAAGAGUCGGUCUGCGAGUCACACUCACAAGGCAGUGAGGGAGCAUUUGCGGUGGUCAAUUUUAGCCCCACCACCAACCACCUCCUGCAUCCAGUCCCAUCACACAUGUUGUGAACACUUCUGUUCUGAAAACAGCACUGAGCCUCAGCCAAUUGGCCAGCCAGAGUCUCCUCAAAUGCAGGACUGGGAUGGGUUUGAACAGAACACAGAACACAUGGACAAAAUGUUCCACAGGAAGCUAAACAGUUUUACCUCAUCAGAGGAAGUACUGAGUUUUGUAGGCACACUGGAAACACUGUCAGACACAAGGGCAGCAGGCGCUUUACAACGCAUCUGGGAAGUGGAGAAGAAAGAUGAUACUGGGAGGCUGCCAAGAGGAGUCCUGGAAGAUCGUGUCUUUAAGUCUUUAUGCUUCCAGUUCAUACGCCAGUCCCCAGGUCUGACAAACACUGGUUUGGUAACUGCUUUGCAAGCCCUGACCCUGUUACACGUAGAUCCUCAGAGUAGCUUAUUCGAGAACCUGGUGGCAGAAUGCCACAAUCGUCUCCAGAAGGGUGUCCUGGAAGUUCACGAUCUCUGUGUUCUUGGACAAAGUCUGAUUAAACUGCAAGGUCCAAGCAGGAUGCUGCUAGAACUGAUUAUAGGGCAACUGCAAGGGGAAGAAUUGGACAGAUUUUCCCCAGAGGACAUUGUAGCCCUUUAUAGAAUAUUCCAAGCAUGUCCUGAAAAAGUGGACCAACACCAGCCAUUUCUGAAUAAGAUAAAUAGCUUCUCGCUGUCAAUUGUUCCCAGCCUGAGUCCUAAAGCAAUAAGCCAGGUGCUCAGUGUCCUGGUCGCACUUGAUCAAACUCAUGCGCUUCCUCUGGUGAUAAAGUUGGGCAAGUAUGUCGUGAGGCACAUCCCUCGCUUCACUGGUGAAGAGCUGGGCAGUGUCUUGGAGGCGUUCAUAUACUUUGGGUACAACGACAGAUUUUUCACAAAAGCCCUGGAGCACCACAUAGACACUCUCUCUCUUACUCCGAAUCCUGAAGUGGUCAGCCGAAUCACACAGUACUGUAGUAGAAAACGGAUUCUCUCAGAACCCAUCCUGAAUGCAGCAGCAGAAAGCUUUGUUUGCCAGUCUGAAAAAUUUUCACCCUCUCAGAUUUCUGACCUAAUCGAACCAUUUGGCAAACUCAAUUACUUGCCACCAAAUGCCCCUGCUUUCUUUAGGAAGCUAGAAAACAUGAUAUUCACUCACUUCCAUGAUUUCCCACCCAAGAAGCUAUUGAGAAUUCUCCAUUCGUGUUCACUUAUCGAACGCCAUCCAGUCAACUUUAUGGCAAAAAUAUUUAGCCCUUAUUUCCUUCAACAGCUGCAGGGUACAGAGUCCUACCUGGACAGGUUGAGUCUGGCACAGCUGACACAGCUAUUCCUAACCUCUAUCCUGGAAUGCCCCUUCUAUAAGGGCCCCAGACUUCUUCCUAAGUAUCAGGUGAAAUCAUUUCUCACUCCUUGCUGCUCCUUGGAGACCCCUAUGGAUUUUCAACUUUAUAAAUCUGUGAUGACUGGACUGAUUGACCUUCUUGGAGCAAGACAGUAUUUUGCUUCAAAAGUGUUCACACCCUAUUGUUAUACGAUUGAUGUUGAAAUUAAGUUAGAUGCAGAAGGAUUUGUAUUACCAUGUACAGCUGAUGAAGAUAUACACAAAAGGGUAGCGCUCUGUGUCGACGGACCAAGAAGGUUUUGUUUUAACAGCAGCAACUUACUAGGAAAAGAGGCCAUUAAACAGAGACACCUACGGUUGCUUGGUUAUGAAGUUGUUCAGGUAUCAUUUCACCUAUUUCUUUUUUCCCUGAAACCACUCAGUUCCGAGGGAGUUGGCUCGGCUGAUGUAAUGGCUGUUGGGACCACACCUCCCCAACACGUGGGCCCAGCCCCUGGGAGCUGCCGGUGCGGGGCGUGGACAUGCCUGGGAGGCCACGCGGCCGGUGAGUGGUCCCAGGCUGCGCCCUCGCACGCCCGCCCCAGCGCUGCACCCGGCGCUCCGCCCGAUCUGCGGAGGAAGUGGGCCCUCCAGGAAGGGGCCAGCGCAGCGGGGAGGACAGAGCCGCUCCGGGAUCGGAGACGCCGCGCUCCUAGCCGGACCCAGACCCGCUGA